AUGGCCUUGGAGGUAAACAUUUUGGGUCGGUAUUUGUUGUGUUCGCGUGUUUUUGGUGUUAUCAUGGAACCCUUGGUUGUCGAUAGUUUCAACAGUGACGACUGUGUCUUAAUCGUGUGGUCAGGCGAAGUUCAAGAAGACAUUAUGUGCAAUCUGCAAACAGCUGUUUCUGCACGCGUCAAAAGAUUGCAAUUUGAAAAUCUUGAAAACUUCGCUAGCAGCAGCUCAGCUGUAGAUGAUCACCUUCAUGAAUGUGCUUCUGUUAUAUUGUGCGGAUGGCCUAAUCCAGUAGAUGCAAACACACUUACGUUUGAAUUAUUAUCAAAUCUAUUAUCUUGCUUGAAACCUGGUGGUCGCUUUGUUGGUCGUGGAUUGAUAACUAACAACUGGGAUUCUAUAAGAAAAAACCUAACUCUUUCUGGAUACAUCAAACCACACCAACUAUCUACUGAGAAGAAUUUGGUAUUCGGCGCUUCAGUUCCAUCUGAUUAUUCUCGGGGUUCCAGUGUCAAACUUCCAUGGGCUUACAACGAUGUAGAGGCAGCUUGGGAAAACGUUGACAAAGAGGAUUCACAUGAUAUCAAUGGAGGUGUCAUAGACACAAAUGCACUCCUUCACAAAUCAGACUUUGAAACUCCUCUAGCUGCUUGCGGAAAGGAAGUUGAGACUGGUUCGCUGGGUACAAAAAAACGAGCUUGUAAGAACUGCACCUGCGGCUUGGCCGAAAUCGAAGCACAGGAAGACGAUAAAAAAUCUCAGGUCCCUAAAUCAUCAUGCGGUAAUUGUUACCUCGGAGAUGCAUUCCGCUGUUCUUCAUGUCCGUACCGUGGGCUCCCACCAUUCAAACCAGGGGAACAAAUUGUUAUACCAGAUGAUUUCUUGAAAGCCGAUCUGUGA